AUCCCAGCACUUUGGACGGCCCAGCCAGAAGCUUGAGCCCAGGAGUUCAAGACCCACUGGGCAACACAGUGAAACCCCCAUCUCUAUUAAAAAACAAAUCCGAACAAAACCGAGACUUCACAGUUGGAAAGCGGAAGGCUCAAGACCAGAGGGAUAGGAGGCCUACCCAAUUGCCAAGGUCGUGGGCCGAGGACGAUGCGCUGAGGGAAGAGGCGGCUGGGCGCGGACCUGGUUGAACACGGCUCUCACCGACCCCACCUCCGCCCAGCCGCAGCCCCACCACCACCUCUGGGUCCCCAGGCCCCCUCUGGCCUCCGCCCUCCUGACACACCCUGAUCCCCGCAGCCCCCUCCCCUAAUUCCGUCGUACUCCAGGAACCCCCAUCCGCAGAUCCCAUAUGGCCUCGGAAACCCGGCGCCCCUGUACUCGGGAUUCCCGCGGCCCCCGGGCCCUCGCCGGCCCCGACCCCGCCCCCGGGCAGUGCGUCCAGGCUCGCGCCGUGCAGCGCCCCCUCCGCGCCGGCCUCUGCGGCUGCGCGCUAGCGGGGCUGAGGCCGAGGGGAGGGGGUCGCGCCGGGGGCCGGCGGAGCUCCUGUGGCGGCAGCGGUGGUAGCGGGAGAGGGAGCGAGCCCAGCGGCCGCGGGCAGACCCGGAGGGAACGGAGGAAGCGGUCAUGUCUCGCUACACGAGGCCCCCCAACACCUCCCUGUUCAUCAGGAACGUCGCGGACGCCACCAGGCCUGAGGACUUGCGCCGUGAGUUUGGUCGAUAUGGCCCUAUAGUAGACGUUUACAUUCCACUUGACUUCUACACGCGCCGCCCAAGAGGAUUUGCUUAUGUUCAAUUUGAAGAUGUUCGAGAUGCUGAAGAUGCUCUUUAUAACCUCAAUAGAAAGUGGGUAUGUGGCCGUCAAAUUGAAAUACAGUUUGCACAAGGUGAUCGCAAAACACCAGGCCAAAUGAAAUCAAAAGAACGUCAUCCUUGUUCUCCAAGUGAUCACAGGAGAUCAAGAAGCCCCAGCCAAAGAAGAACUCGAAGUAGAAGUUCUUCAUGGGGAAGAAAUAGGAGGCGGUCAGACAGCCUUAAAGAGUCUCGACACAGGCGAUUUUCGUAUAGCCAGUCUAAAUCUCGUUCCAAAUCAUUACCAAGGCGGUCUACCUCAGCAAGGCAGUCAAGAACUCCAAGAAGGAAUUUUGGCUCUAGAGGACGGUCAAGGUCCAAGUCCUUACAAAAAAGGUCCAAGUCAAUAGGAAAAUCACAGUCAAGUUCACCUCAAAAGCAGACUAGCUCAGGAACAAAAUCAAGAUCACAUGGAAGACAUUCUGACUCAAUAGCAAGAUCCCCAUGUAAAUCUCCCAAAGGGUAUACCAAUUCCGAAACUAAAGUACAAACAGCAAAGCAUUCUCAUUUUCGGUCACAUUCCAGAUCUCGAAGUUAUCGUCAUAAAAACAGUUGGUGAACAGCAACAGAAAGAGCACUACAUAGUCUUUAAUAUAAGUUAUUAAAUCUCUCAUUAUGUUAAAUAAAAAUUCCUUAAGGUGUACAGAAAAUGCGAGUUGAUAUUAGUUACUUUGGGCAUAUGGAAGAAAUAAAAUCUCUCUAGCUUUGUAUUAAUAAAAAUUUGGUCUCCAUUUAAAGGGCCCACACCACAAAUUAUGCAUUGUCUAAUGUCACCAUUUUAUGGACCAUUUUUUAUUUAUGUUGUGGCAGAAGAGUACUUUUCAAGGGAAAUGAGUAAAUGGGAACUAAUUUUUUUAAUUCUAUUUGGAUAGUAUUAGUACUAUUAAUAAUACCUUUUACACAAAUAUUUUUGACUUUAAAGCACUUUCCUGUAAAAAGUAACUAUGACUGUAUAAUUGCAUAGAGCAGACUUAAACCGUUUGACACCUAUGUGUCUUUUGGGUCUUCUGUUUAAACUUGGACCAAUUCCUGGUGGAUAUUAGUUCAUAUUACAAAAUUCUGAUGUUCCGGAAAGUAGAAUUUAUAUAGAGAUCAAACAUUCAAAAGAUACACUCUCUCCUAAGCCCAAAGGUUAAUAUUUUUAUUGGGUAGAACAGUAUAGGUAAGGUGUCAUGAAAUUUCAUCCUAUACCAUGUCCACAUUAGUAAUGUCAAAACAUUUGUGAGUUACUGGAUUUUGAAUGGUUUGAGACUAAUGCUUUAAAAAUUAGGAUGAGCGACACUCACAAUCCAAAAAUAUUCAUAUUAAGCCUUACACAUUUGAAGAGUGGUACAUUUUAUAUAAAAUCAUAUUUGAUACCAUUAUUUCCACAUAUCUACUUUUCAUCUGCUGCUUAAUUUUUUCUUUUUAGAGUUCUAGCUCAGCUUUAUACAGUAUAAGUCUUAUUAUUUUUGAAAGAGUGUUUAGUACCUUGUAUUAAGAAACUUGGCCAAGCAUGGUGGCUCACACCUGUAAUCCCAGCACUUUGGGAGGCCGAUGUGGGCGGAUUGCCUGAGUCCAGGAGUUUGAGACCAGCCUGGGCAACAUGGUGAAACCUUGACUCUAAGAUUUAAAAAAAAGAAAAAGAAACUCAAGACUACAUCUUCAAAAAACAACUUUGCAGUAUUUGAAUUUUACAUUAUACUGCCCUUCAUUUCUGACAGCCAAAUAACUUUGUUGAUACUGAUUGCUUUUGUAGUUGUUAUAACUAAUAAUUUCUUUGAAAAUGUGUUUGUAGUUUAUGUUUUUCAAAGGGUUUUGGUCGUAUUUGUGAUAGAAUGGUUUUGCAUAUGAUUAUUAUAGGGGAUAUAUUUAUAGAGCUCUACUUGUAUACUUUGUGACUUAUAUUAUGAAAACUUAAAAGUUCUCAACCCAUACAGUUAGUAUUUGUAUCCAGAGUGUUAAAGAAAAAAAAUCUGUCUUAUAUUUUUAGUGUAUAGGAGCCAGUGUUGCUUCUAUUUGUUUUGAAUACAAAUUCCAUUUUUCUUUGCAUAUUAGAUCCUACGUGUAAGAAAAAACUUUACACAAUAAUUUGUAUGCUGAUAAUAUUUGGACAAGUGCCAUAAAUUCAUGUAUAUUGUACUUUCUGAAUAGAUUUUCUCUAAUCAUAGCAAAAUUUAUUUAUUUCAAAACAACAACUCUUUGAAAUGUUCAGCUAUAAUAAAAUUUAGUUAUAAAAUUAUGUGGCACUACUGAAAAUAUAAAGGAUAAUCUGAAGAAUGAGUAAGACAAACAUUGAUAGUAAUUUUUAGUAUUUUCAAAGUGUUUGGGUUCACACAUAAAUGAAAUCAUUUUAAAAACUAGGGCUGGGCACAGUGGCUCAUGCCUGUAAUCCUAGCACUUUGGGAGGCCAAGGCAGGAGGAUCACUUGAGGCCAGGAGUUUGAGACCAGCCUGAGCAACAUAGCAAGACCCCUGUAUCUAUAAAAAUAAUAAUAACUAGGUACCAUAUUUCAGAUACUAUGGUGAGAAAUAAUAACGGGAUUAAUUAUAGUAUCUUUACUCUGUAUUCACAAAUUAUCUCUGUAUUCCCAAACAUAUUUAAUACCUUGAUUUACCUCUGACUAGGUUUGUCAUUGUAAUCCCUAGGUUGCUUAGGAGGAUACUGUUUGGUUUGAUGUAAAAGCUGGAGUAAUAAUAGCUCAAACUCUUGAGCAUUUAGUACAUGCUUGGCACUUUUCUAUACGUUUUAGGUUAUUCACUUGUGUAUUUAAUCAUCAACACCCUUAUAAGGUAAAUAUCCCGCAAUUACUUUUGCACCAACCUAAUACCAUUACAGACAAGGAAAUAGAUGCAGAGAAGCUAAGUUACAAGGGCACAUGGCAUUUAAACUUUGGAUCUGUAGAGUGACUGGGCUUCAGAGUUCUCUUCCUGACUGCUAUUCCCAUGGCUUUUGCAAUGAGACGUCUUUAACAAGUAUAUGCUUAAUUAAGAUCAUGUUUAGAAGGAAAUGAGAGAAUAGAAUUAGAAAAAGAAAUGACCGCAGGCUUCAAUGCAAAUGACUUUUGUGCUUGGGUGAAAUUGUUUGGCUGGGUAUCCUGGAAAAUUUUCUUCUGGGAAUAUGUAUAUUCUAGGGUUCACUUUUGUCAUAGAAUUGUUUCUUGGCCCAUUUAAAAGAGAUACUUUGUUUGUUAAUAAAUGUUUUAAUUUU